AUGUCUAGAAAACAAGAAUAUAUCGCCAAGAUAAAGUAUCAGAAUAACCUACCUCCACCAUUAUUACCACCAAAGUUACUAAACUACCCAGAAGAUCCAAUUGGAAACGUAGAUUCUCCACAAUUAUUGACUUCUCUAUACACGAAAACAAACGUCACUCCAUUAAUCAACCUAAAUGAUGAUCUUGGUAUGCCAUUAGACCUUAUCCAAAUACCAAACUUACUAAACAAUGCUGACACAAAAUACCUAUACGGUCUCACAGAAAACAACAAUAAUAUCAUCCUACAUCAAAAGGAUCGUGUCCUAUUAAGAGAUCCUCGUAUCGAUAGGUUGACUAAAACAGAUAUAUCCAAAGUGACAUUCUUAAGAAGAACAGAAUACGUCUCUUCAACAAUAGCAUCACACGCAAACAAUAACGGUACCUCUACCGCUACCAUGAUCAAGAAGAGAACCAGAUCUGAAGAAGAUGAGGAUGAAUUAUUGAACGCAUCACAAAUCUUACAAAAAGUGGAAAAUAAAUUCGAAGCAAUGCACACCGCCAAUUCAACUGAUGAUUUGUCUGGUUUGAAGCACCCGAUAAAGAAGAAAAUACAUGCUGUGAAAACAUGGAAUUUAUUACCAGAUACAGCAGCGAUGGAUCAAAGUUAUUUCACUUUGAGGUUAGUUGGAAGUGCCGCUUUAGACAAACAAGAAAAGAAUAAAUUGGCAUUGUCCACUGCUAUAUUUAGACCAGUGGAAUUAGAGGAAGAUGAAUGGAUUUCCAUGUAUACUACAGAUAAAUCAAAUUCAAAAAUUAUUUCUCAAUCAAUGGAGAAAAAUAUUGAUGACGUUAAAAGCAAUGCAAGCGUUAAUGAUGAUGAGGAUGAUGAUAAAACUUUCAAAUUCAAGAGGUUAAGAGAUUUUGAUAUGAAACAGGUGCCUAAUUUGAAUCCUUCUGUGAAUCAAGCUUUCGGGGAAUUGGCUAUAAUGCUAAAUAAUGAAAAGGGGAUAGCAUAUUAUAAACCAUUACGUCCAAGAAUUGAAUUAAGACGUAGGCGUGUUAAUGACGUGUUUAAACCCUUGGUUAGACAGUAUGAUAUAGACCAAAUUAAUGUCUCGUUGAGGAAUCCUACCACUCAAGAAGCAAAUUUAAGAGAUAGAUUAAGAAUGAAAUUCGAUCCAAUUAACUUCGCCACUGUGGAUGACGAUGAUGAGGAAGAUGAUGAUCAUGAAGAGAAAGAGGUUGAAAAGGAGGAACAAGGCGAUCGCGAUGAAGAAAAGAAAAACGUCGAAGAAGAAGAAAAAGAAGAGAAUACUAACACCCAAGAGACGAGUGACGCAGAGAAAGAACAAAUUGAACAAUGA